UCCCAUCAGUGUCCCCCAAACCCAGGACCACCCAUUGCAUUAUCACCAUGCGAUGCAGCAGCAUCUCGCUUUGCCCUGCAAAGUGCAUUUGGGUUCGUCCAACCUGUUUGGAGCUGCAGCACCCCCAGCCCUAUAGCGGAUCGCAUGGUGAUGAUGGGAAGCCCUAACGCUGCACCUGUCCCACCUCAAUAAGGACACGACCAUCUCUAGGACGUCUGAUUCACACUCCAAACCCCAUAACCUUACCUUUAUGGCAGUGCCCCCCAUAUAGGGCUGUAUCCCCCCCCGACCCCAAACCCCGACCCCAAACCCCGACCCAUCCUCGUGUCACAGAGCGCGCCCUUGGCCCCGCCCCUUUCCCACGAGUGGGCGGGGUUUGCAAACUAACCCCUCCUCAGCAGCCAAUGGCGUAGCGAGCCCGGCGGUAAUAUGCAAAUUUUCCCGCGCGGUGGGCGGGGAUAUGCAAAUAUUUCCGCGCGGUUGGAGCAGGCGGCGGGGAACGCGCGGAUCCCGGGAGCGCAACGGGACCGGGACCGGGACCCGACGGCGGCUGGGCCGCACCGGGCCGGGCCGGUUCCGCUGCAGAUCCAGGCCGUGCUGGGGGAGACGUACCAAGGAGAAGGAGCCGCUGUCCAGCCUCUCCUUGAGCCAAAGAAACCAAAAUGGGCCGGAAAAAAAUCCAGAUCAGCCGAAUAUUGGAUCAACGGAACCGACAGGUGACCUUCACCAAGAGGAAAUUCGGGCUGAUGAAGAAGGCGUAUGAGCUGAGCGUGCUGUGCGACUGCGAGAUCGCCCUCAUCAUCUUCAACAGCACCAACAAACUGUUCCAGUAUGCCAGCACCGAUAUGGACAAAGUGCUGCUCAAAUACACGGAGUACAGUGAGCCCCAUGAGAGCCGCACCAACUCCGACAUCCUCGAGACACUGAAGCGCAAAGGGUUGGGGCUGGAGAGCCAUGAGCUGGAGCUGGAAGAGGGGCUGGAUCCUGGUGAGAAGCUGCGGCAGCUGAAUGAGGGCAUGGAUCUGACGGUGGCACGGCCCCGCUUUUAUAGCCCAGUGCCGCUGCCUGAUGUCCCUUAUGGCAGCUCCCCACCAAGCAGCAGUGAUGGAGCCCUGGGCAGUGCCAGCAGCUCCCCGCAGAGCCAGGGUCGCCCACCCGCCUUCAAACCCACAGUGCCGAAGCCAUCAGGACGCUCACCAGGACCAAUGCCCCCAGGUAUUGGCUACCCCCUGUUCCCUGCUGGCAGCCUGAACCGAGCCUUGGCAACCAAGACCCCACCACCGCUGUACCUGGGAGCUGAUGGGCAGCGCCGGAGCAGCAGCAGUGCAGCACGGCCGCUGUACUCUGGUCUGCAGACCUUGAGCCCAGUGCUCACCUCUGGCAGCCCUGGUAUCCCCAGCCACAGCCUCACUGGUUUCCCCUUCCUCACUCCAGCACAAGCAGCAGAGUUUGGGGCUGGCGAGGUCCCACCACCUCCUGGCUUCCUGCAGCCUGGCCCUCCAGCUCCAUGGCAGCCCCCGCGGGACAUGGCAGCACUAGGGGCCAGCAGCAGGAUCGUCCCCACUGAGGACCUGGCCCCAGGCAGCUCCCCGCAGCCCCACACCGUCAGCAUCAAGUCGGAGCGGGUGUCCCCAGGGCUCGGCUGCCCUUCAGGUGCCCCACAGCCCUCCCCGGGCAGCCUGACCUCCCUGAGCGAAGCCCCCCGAGGUGCUGCAGACCUCCAGCCACGGGAUGACUAUACCAAGGGCUACCCCUACCCCCUGCCCCCACCCCAGCCUCUGGCAGAGGAGCAGAGAUCUACUGCCACUGUCCCGGUCCCCACGCGGCGGGCGCAGGCUGAGGAUGUGUGGCAGAGAUAGCGAGGCUGAGGGGGUGCAGAGGAGGCAGCCCCCUGCUUCCACCCCAACCUCAGACCCCCAAGAAGUCCCCAAGCUCUGGGGCUUCCCAAGGGGUCCCGUUCCCAUGCAGCUGCCAGCAGAGCCCCCUCCCCAUCCCGGACACCGCCGCAUCCCCCUGCAGCUCUGCCCCCCAGCCCUUAUCCUGCAGGGCACGGCGAGGCCAGGACCCCCCCCCCCAAAAAAAAAAGAGGUGCAAUGUCCAGUGCCGGACACUGUGCGACUGUGUCCGUCCUUCUGUCCCUGCGUGUCCCCACCGAGUGGGAAUGCCUGGGAAGUGCCACGGGGUGGCAGCAGGACUGAGAGCAGCAGCAGCACCGAUGGCAGCGGGCCCCAUCCUACAACGACCAGGGCGGGGGGAACAACCGGGGCAGCGGCCCUGGGAUUCUUUUCUUUUUCUCUAUUUAUUGCAUUCGCACCAAUAAAGAGCUGGGGGUGUCGGGGUGCCUGGUGUCAGCUCCUUGGGGUUGGGAUGUGCUGCCUUGCUCAGGGUAACUAACGAGGUGGCAGGUUGUUCAUGUUUCCAAGGGGAAAGCUGAGCCGUGUCCUGGCUUCUUUUGACUCCUCACUGCUGUCUCCCGUGUCCCCUCGUGGCUCAGAGCCACCUCUUGUGCACAUAUGGGUGACAAGCUGGUCACCCCACUCUGAUCGCAUCUGUGUGUCUGUGGGGCUGAGCCAUGCGCCCUGUGGGACCCCAAAAUGAUGCUGCUAUGGCCUCAUGGUGUGGGUGCACAGAGCAUUCCCAUUGAUGGGAGGAGGGAAAGACCCUAAAUAAGCAUCAGUGGGGAUGCCCAGUUCAGGGCUGGGUUUUGCUGCUCCCUGUGCAGGGGGUUGUCCUGUGGGCACUGUGGUGUGUUGGGUAUGGCCACGGCAAGCAAGGGAGAGGGUAAGCACUGCAGGUUUAUGGGGGCAGGAGGUGCAGUUCCUGCCCCCAGCAUCACAGUGGUGUGGGGAUGGGGCCUCUCUGCUCAGCAGCACUGAGCUCAGCUCAUGGGGGGAUUACAGGGAGCCGAGCCCCGAGAUUAAAACACGACAGGGAGAUUAAUCCUGGGGAGAGUUUUUCCUAUUUAAUAGAGCCCAGCGAGCGGUAUAAAUACCAGCCCGGAUUAGGGGCUGCUGCCUCACCGAUACGGAGCCCCCAGCCCCAGGUUGUGCCCACCAAUGGGAAUGGGCAGCUAUCACCCCAAAUUUGGGGUCUGGGUGGCAGAGGUGACUGCAGCCCAGGUGCCCUCGGACAGUGGGGAUGGUCCCCUCUGUGUCCCUGGGCCGGGAGGGAGAUUGUGAAUGCAGAGAAGAGCUGAGACACCCGCGGAAAAUGUGGGGGCUGGGGUAAGAGACACUGAUUGAAUAGCAAUGACUGCAUGAUUUAUGGUUUGCAUUAUUGCAUGCUUCAUUUGAAUAUAUGCUAAUCAGGCUUUUUCUCCUCGUUUUGUUUGUAAGAUUUAGAUUUGCUAUGGCAACCCGCUGGCAUGGAAGGAACGCCAGGAAAUGUCAGGGCGAGGUGAGCUCGGCUGCAUCGCGGGACCCGCCCGCCCGACCAGGAGAGGAGAAAUCCCCACAUCGCUCCCAUCAGCCCCAUCCAGCAGCAGCCACCGCAUGCAACAGGGGAGCAGCGGGGACAGCGGGGAGAUGACCCCACAGCAGCACCCUCAGAAUCCAGGGGGAGAUGUGCCCUUCAAGGACCUGGUGCUGUGGGUUUGCAGCCACAAAUCUGGGCAUGGCUCCGGGGGACAGGAGGAGCAACUGCACCCCAGCUUGACUCAGUCAUGGGACAGUCCCCCAUACUCCACCAGGGAUGAUCCAGAGCCUCCUGGAUGUGGAACAGGGCUCUGCUGACUGCAUCCCACAGAUGUAUUGCUGGACCCCCCUUGGCUGAUCCAUGGGGAUGAGGAGACAGCUGAGGACACCACUGUGCUCCUUGGGGAAGGCCUGUUUGCAGCACAGCCACCAUAAAGCACAGCUCUCGGUGAUGUGAGAGGACACCGCGUGGUCUGGAUGGCCAAGAAGGGCUGGAGGAGAACCCAAGAAUUGUCUGAAACAUGGCCAGGGUCUGGGCAGGUCCCCUCCCUGUCCCUGGGGUAAUGGAUUGCUCUGUCCCAUUGCUGGACCCUGGGGGGUCCUGGGGCACUGAGCUGCUACCACUGAGUCCAAGAGGAAAAACAACAAGUGUAUUAAAGGUAUUGAAAGCCUACAGCAA